CGCGCGGCUUCCCGAUAGCUGACCUUGCAAGGCAAAGCGUCACCAUGGUGAUGGUUGUUAUGCCCGAAACGUAAACAAAAUUUGCUUUUUGCGCUGUGAAAACCCGCACACACACAGGCGCGCGCCGAAAAAAGAACAAAAGAGGUGGCUUGCGGGCGGCACUGCUUCACGGGAAGGCGUAACCAAAAAAGGGCCGUACACAGUUCCGGGUCGUGUGUGAUCGUGGCGCGGCCAGCAUGACGCUUUACUUCGACACCAAGGUACAGUUUCUGGACAGUGAGGCGAUCAGCACGGUCAGCUCAUGGCACCCGGUGGAACCGAUCUUUGCCGUCGCCUCGUACAGCAACGAGCGGGGCGGCUCGGUCACGAUCUUCGACGACACGGGCAUACCGCUGCGCGACGUAUCGUUCCCGGUGCAUCCGACCUCGCAGGCGACCGUGCUGACGUGGCACCCGGAGCGCAAGAUACUGCUGACCGGGUGGGAGAACGGCGAGAUCCACGCCUGGUUCGAGGGCAAGCGGGACUUUGCCAGCGUGAACGGGCCGCACAAGUCGCCGAUCAUGCUGCUCGAGUUCAGCGAGAAGGGCGGCCGGGUGAUCACGGCGGACGCGAUGGGCGUGCUGACCGGCUGGCGGUUCGACGGGCAGGCCCAGUUUCUGACGAUGUUCAACCACGAUCUGCGCGACCCGCUGCUGCACAUCACGUUUCGCCGUUCGAUCCAGAGCGCCAGCAGCAAGGAGCUGACCAACCUGGCGCGGGCGGCGGUGGCCGGCGAUGAGGCGGCCCUGGAUCAGCUGACCAGCUGGCGGCCCCGGACGGCGGUACGCAAUCUGGCGCACGCGAGCGUCCACGACAACUACUGCUUUUACGCGUGCACCCAGGCCGGCAUACUGUACUACAUCAACCAGACUGGCACGUGCACGGAGAUAGUGCGCGGCGACACCAUCCCGAUCAUGCAGAUACUGUGGCACCCGAAACAGGACUCGAUCGUGAUACUGAUGGAGGACAUUACGAUCGGGCACUACGAGGUCGACACGAACGGGCAGAUUGCCGAGCUGGACCGGGUGAAGCUGUCCGGCAAGGUGUCCGGCUCGAAGAGCGCCAUCACGUGGGUGGCCGGCUGCGCGCUGGCGAUCCUGACCGGCGACCUGUCCGUCCGCAUCUGGGACAUCGAGACGAACGACAACUACGUGCUGUCAAUGGAGCUGACCGCGUCCGGUGCCGAUCGGCCCCCGGUGACCGGGACAGCCGGUGCCGCCACCGCCGCCGCCCAGGAAGUGUUCACCUGCGUCGCGUACUGUGCCGACACGCAAACGCUCAGUGCCGGCACGAGCCAGGGCAACCUGUAUACGUGGCGCCGGGCGGCCGGUUUGUACGGCCGGUCGUACGCCGGCACCGAGAACCAGUGGCAGCUCACGAACGUGACGCCGGUGCGGGGCACUAUCAAGAGCCUGGUCUGGGGCACGACCGAGGCGAACCGGGCGUGCAUGAUGGUCAACUGCCUGUCGAGCGUGUUCAUACUGAAGGAGCAGUCGCUGCUGUCCGCCCACGCCCGCCAGCUGUGGGCCACGCAGAAGAAGUCGAACGAGCUGCUGAUCCGGCACGCGAACGGGCGCGAGGCGCUGCUCCACACCGACAUCUCCAUCAUCCAUCUCGCGCUGAACGAGCUGCAUCUGGUCGUGACGAACGGGCGCACGGUGGCGGUGUAUCGGAUCGAUCCGGCCGGUACGAUGCGCGGUGGGGCCGGGGCACGGCUUGCCGUGGGCCCCGACGCUGGCGUGGAACUGGACGCACUGGCCGUGUCAUACGUGGACAGCUUCGCGGUGGAAUGCGGUGCGGUGUACCUGUACGAGCAGAGCAUCGUCGCGCUCGGCACGGAGCAGGUCAAGAUUUACUCGCUGAGCGGCAUCAUACUGCAGGAGCUGGUGUUCAACGCGAACGAAGGCAAACCGAUCGGCGUGGAUUUGGUCGGCCCGUAUCUAACCGUGUUCACCCUUCACGGCUACAUCCGCCUGUACGAUGUGUCGCGGCACGACAUCCGCCUGCUGCAGCCGCCCAAAAGCGCGUACGAUCUGUUCGAGAAGUUUGGCGAAAUCAUUAUGGCGCGCACGAACGCGAACGGGACGUAUGUGGCGAUCACCAUCGCGAACGAGCAGCUGCUGCCCGACGGCAAGCUGUACCUGUGGAAUCUGGAGAGCAACGUGCUGACGGCGCGCGAAUUCCACAUCCCCGAACCGAGCGGCCGGUCCCGUUGGCUCAAGGACGGCCAAGGGGAAGGAGCGUCCAGUAGCGCCCCGAAUGGCCAUCACGACUGCUCGCGUUUGAGACAGCGCAACCAGCAGCAGCAGCAGCAGCAGCAGCCGCAGCUGGAGCUGCUGUCGAGCCCGAACGGUGCGCCGGGGGAGCAGCUCGAGCUGAUCGGGCUGUGCGUGCCGCACCUGAUCGUGCUGCGGCGCAACGAGAUCGCGCGUCUGUCGCUGCGCGACUUUAAGGGGCUCGACACGUGCGAUCUGGCCACGCGUGAAAUGGUGCUCAACUUCAGCCUGAACGUGGCGCAGGAAAACAUGGACCAGGCGUUCAGCUGCAUCCGGUCGCUGCGUUCGGACACGGUUUGGGCGAAUCUGGCCCGGCUCUGCGUGCAGACGGGCCGGCUCGACGUGGCGAAGGUGUGCCUGGGGCAUCUGCGGCGUGCCCGGUCGGUGCGGGCGCUGCGCCGUGCGACCGAGGACGCCACGCUCGAGCAGGAGGCCCGCGUUGCGGUGCUGGCGAUCGAGCUCGGCAUGAUGGAGGAGGCGGAAGCGCUGUACAAGCGGUGCGGCCGGUACGACCUGCUCAACAAGCUGUACCAGGCGUCCGGGCGGUUCGAGGAGGCGCUCGAGGUGGCGGAACACUUCGACCGGGUGCAUCUGCGCAACACGUACCACCGAUACGCGGAGUGGCUGAAGGAGUGCGGCAAGACGCAGAAAGCGAUCCAGUACUACGAGCGCACCACCAGCCUGAUGCACAACAUCAGCCAGCUGCUGAUGGACGAUCCGGGCGCGCUGAAGCAGUACAUGCAGGCGACGACCGACCCGGAGCUGCUGCGCUGGUGGGCCCAGUACGUCGAGAGCAGCGGCGACAUGGAGGGCGCGUUCAAGAUCUACCAGCGGUCCGGCGACUGGUUCUCGCAGGUGCGCAUCCUCUGCUUCAUCGGGCAGGUCGGCCGGGCGGACGAGAUAGCGCGGGCGAGCGGGGACCGGGCCGCCUGCUACCAUCUCGGGCGGUACUACGAGAACAGCGGCAAGCUGCAGGAGGCGAUCCAGUUCUACACGCGCGCGCAAACGUACGGCAACGCGGUGCGCAUCUGCAAGGAGCACGAGCUGCCGGACGACCUGUGGACGGUCGCGUGCACGGCCCGGGCCCGGGACAAGGCGUCCGCCGCCGCCUACUACGAGGAGUCGGGCGACUAUCGGCGGGCGGUCGAGCUGUACCACCGGGCCGGCAUGCUGCACAAGGCGGUCGAGAUGGCGUUCCGGUCGCAGCAGCCCGAGUCGCUGCAGGUGAUCGCGUCCGAGCUGGACGCGUCGUCCGACCCGGACCUGGUCGGCCGGUGUGCCGACUUCUUCGUCGGCAUCGAGCAACCGUACAAGGCGGUGCAGCUGCUCGCGAACGCCCGCCAGCUGGCCCGUGCGCUGGCCGUCUGUGCCGAGCACCGGGUGCCGGUGACGGAAACGCUGGCCGAGCUGCUCACCCCCGGCAAGGACGACCUGGCGGAGGGAGAGCGCACAGCGCUGCUGCUGCGCCUCGGCGACAUACUGCAGGAGCAGGGCGACUACCACGCGGCGACGAAGAAGUUCACGCAGGCGGGCGACCGGGUGCGCGCGAUGAAGAGUCUGCUCAAGUCGGGCGACACGGACAAGAUCAUCUUCUUUGCCGGCAUGUCGCGCCAGAAGGACGUGUACGUGAUGGCGGCCAACUACCUGCAGGCCCUCAACUGGCAGAGCGAUGCGAAGAUACUGAAGAACAUCGUCACGUUCUACACGAAGGGGCAGGCGUACAGCCAGCUCGCCAACUUCUACGCCAACUGUGCGCAGGCGGAGAUUGACGAGUUCCGGGACUACGACAAGGCGCUGAAUGCGCUGCAGGAGGCGGUGAAGAGCUUGUCGCGUGCUGCGCCCGGGGCGGCCGGUGGAUCGCAGCCGGCCGCCCUCGAUGCGCUGCAGCUGGCGAUGGCCGAGGUGAGGCGUGUGAUCGAGCUGCAGGACGCAACGGAGCGGCAGGAGUACAGCAACGUGAUCAAGCUGAUCAAGGUGCGGCUGGAGGAGCGGCAGGAACCGGCGCCGCCGGUGCGCGUCUGGGAUCUGCUGGCCCUGCUGGUGGAGUGUCUGGUCGCGACCGGGCAGCACUCCGAGGCACUGUACUACGUGCGCGAGCUGGCCCAGCGCAAGCCGGACUGGUACCAUCAGGAGCUGCUCGACAAGCCCGUGCUCGAUCGGCUGGUCGCGGAGACGGGCAUCAAUCUGGAGCCGUACGUGAACGUGACGAAGGUGAAGCGUCCGACGACGGCCACGAUAUCCACGAUGAGCGAUGACGAAGAAAUUCAGGAGGUGUUUGAGUAGAAAGUGACUAGAGGUCUUAACGACCCAAGGGCGGAACCUAGCUAAGCGAUAACUAUUGAGAUACAUUACACGCCGUCCGCUAAGAUACUAAGACAUCAUGAGGAGUGUUGGGAACUGUUCAACAAUUUAAUUUAUUUUCAGAAUAGACUAGUUUAAUACUGCAACAAUGUUCCGUGUGUGCAGACUGAUAUUACUGAGUGUUUAAGAAAGGGAACUUGUAAAGAAAUUCAGGACGUGUUUGAAUAGAAAAAGCGCGGGAAGUGUGGUUAGAGGUUUUAAAUAGUGAUGUGCUAUUUGGAGCGACUCCGACCCAACUCCGGCUAUUGGUCGUCCGAUUCCGACUCCGGCAAAAUCCGAACCACUAGUUACGCCCGGAGUCAGAAUCGUCUGGGUCGUCUGAAGUCGUCCGAAGUCGGUCAGAGUCGUCCAGAGUCGUUCAGAGUCUGAGUCGUCCGGAGUCGGCCGGAGUCGACCGGAGUUGGAGUCAUUCAGAGUCGUCCGGAGUCGUCGAGAAUUCGGAGUCGCCCGGAGUCAGAGUUGAAGUAAUUCGGAGUCGUCUACAGUUGAUCGGGAUCGACAGGAAUCAGAAUCGGUCAGAGUCAACAGGAGUCGGUUCCUAAAUUAUCGGAUUUUUGCCAACUGUACUCAUCGCUAGUUUUAACGACCCUCGGGCGGAACCUAGCUAGCGAUAACUAUCGAGGCAUCUCACGCCGUCCGUUAAGAUACUAAGACAUCAUAAAAAGUGUUGGGAACUCUUCAACAUUUUUAUUUAUUCUAAUAGAAUAGUAUAAUUCUGCUACAAUGUUCUGUGUGUGUAGACUUACCGAGUGUUGAAAGGAACAGUGAAGAUUCGUGUAACUAACAACAAACAAUACAAAAUCAAUAUUGAACUUAUUUGGUAGAAUAUACCAAUAGCAAUAGCAAACACUCCAACCAUCCAGCAGACUUGCUGGAGUUGUUCAAGA